ACAAAUUAAAGUAAUAAUAAAUUUUCCGUCAUACGUGACAACUUUAUUUCACUCUUAGCAUCAGGCCCUUCAACAUCAUGAUUGUUAUCAUUGCUAGCCAUUAUGAUCAUCAUCAUUAACAUCAAUGAUCCAUCUUUAACACACUAUAUAUUUCAAAAUUCACCAAAACAUUGAAUCCCACAAUCACUAUCGAGUUAGCUAGCAAUGUUGAGAAAGAGUAGCAUAACCAUAUCAAUGCUCUCAAAUUCUACCAUGUUGGUAGGGUGCUGCCGGCCUAAAAGGAGGAUGAGGAGGAGGAGAGGCAGCACCAUAAGGCUCGGGAACAAGCGCCGGGGAUUCAGUUUAGGUUCGCGGUCAGCGGUUCAAUGGGGGGUCAUGGCUGGUCCUCUUCGGAUGCUUAGGAAGAUUAUCUCCGAGAUGGUUCCUAAUGCACAGUUUAUAGAGGCUUUCUGUUGGACAUUACCAUUUCUUCGUCCUCAAAUCUUUCCCCUAUGUUGAUUUCCAACUUCAAUGGCUUUCGG